GGCUUGGCUGCCACCAAAGUUACUCCCUAGUCCCCGCUGUCCCUCCUGCCUUCUGUCUGGGCCUACCAAAGGACUGCUGCAACUCAGCACCUCCACACAGGGGCCCCAGGAACUGUAGAGAAUUGCUUGCUGCUCGUCGGCUACCUGUGCAUCUCUAACUGUGUAUGGAGCACUGAUCUGCCCAGCUCCGCUAAGAUGCUCCUGUCCUCUCCCUCCACGCCAUCGAGGGGACGAACCCCCAGCGCCGUGGAGAGGCUGGAGGCUGACAAAGCUAAGUACGUCAAGACGCAGCAGGUGAUAGUACGUCGUCAGGAGCCAGCCCUGAGAGGGGGACCAGGACCACUGACGCCACACCCUUGCAAUGAGCUGGGGGCCUCUGCAUCGCCCAGGACGCCUGGACCUGCCCGUCGGGGUAGCGGCAGGCGACAGCCAAGGCCUGACUCCCUCAUCUUCUACCGCCAGAAGCGGGACUGCAAGGCUUCGGUGAACAAAGAGAACGCCAAGGGUCAGGGGCUAGUACGACGCCUCUUCCUCGGCGCCCCCCGGGAUGCUGCCCCGAGCAGCCCGGGACCUACAGAAAGACCUGCGGCACCCGCAGGCUGGGCUGGGUCCCCGGAUGCUCCGGAGGCGGCAGGGAAGAGAGCGCUGUGUCCCACGUGCUCGCUGCCACUGUCGGAGAAGGAGCGCUUCUUUAACUACUGCGGCCUGGAGCGCGCGCUGGUGGAGGUGCUGGGCGCCGAGCGCUUCUCCCCGCAGAGCUGGGGCGCCGAGCAUAGCCCGCAGGUGGCAACGCCGCCGCUGCCCGGCUCCGGGGACACCAGCGACUGGACAUCCAGCGACGGGGACACGGGCAACCCGGACUGUGCGGGAGGUUGUGGCGGCGGCUCAGAGGCGGCGGGGUCCGCGCGGGACGGACGCCCCCCGGUGUCAGUGGUGGAACGCAACGCGCGCGUCAUCCAGUGGUUGUACGGCUGCCAGCGCGCGCGCGCUCCGCCGCGCGAGUCCGAGGUGUGAGCACCGCGGCACCGGAGACGGCUCCCGGAGAGCUCGCCUCGUCCGCGAACAAAUCCUUUCCCUAGAUCUCAGUUUCCGUCUGCACCCUGAGCAGGCGGGACCACAAGGGCCAGACGCAGACUGCGGGAAGGGGUUGGGUGGCCACAUAGCCUCUCUGGAGACUGAAUGUGAAAAGUAAUGGGCUGGGGUAGGAGAUGAGUGAACUACUGAUUAAAGCUAAAAUAUUAUUUAACAAAAGGAUCGUUGAGUUUGGCUUAGUGGGCAGAGGUUGGGGAAAGGGAGAACUGGUUUGCGAGGCUGAGUUUGAGGGUUUUGAGUGUGGGCUCCAGGCUGAGUGUGACAGCGACCAAACCCUCUGCCUGUCUCAGUUAUUAAAGGAGGUAGAUGGUAGCGUUCUGGAGUAGUUGUAACGCUCAUGGCAAGUGUGCCUGGAAUAUAGAAAGUGCUCAAUAAACUGCAGCUUGCUUAAGCUA